GAUUGUUUCCCCCCAGAAAUGAAGCGCGCUGGUUUUGUUCAUCCAAAUUUGUACCUCGCGCGUCGCCGUAUCACUGCCACCAGCUGAGAAUGUUUAGCUUAUUAAAUACAUAUCAUUUGUAAUAUAUAUAUUUAUCCUAAUAAACAUGCGACUACUGAGGUUCUCUUUUCCAUUAGUGUAUUAUUUUAAAUUAAAUGUUCGAAAAUAUUUAUGCAUAGACGUUAUGACGACAUUAAACUGCGUUCUGAUUGGCUGUACGUCACGUCUGAACAGCCAAUCAGAUGGCAGAACACGCCUCCCUGCAGCAGUUUAAACUAAACUGCAGUGGUUUAACGGUCUCGAGCCAGUUGUUGUGGAUGCGGAGGGUAAACAUAUGGUUCGUACACAGACGGAAAUAUUUUCCAUCAAACAUGGAUUUCGACUCAAUGAAAUACGCCGAGCUGCAAGCCUACGCCAAGGCUUCCGGACUUAAGGCUAACAUGAAGGCCGAAAAACUCAUCAAAGCAUUAAAACUGCAUCAUAAAAAAGAGAAAAAGACGGAGGAACAAGCGAAGGACAAUGCGGAGACGGUCCCUCCACAGGACGAAAAGGACACGGCGUUUGUGAACAAACGCAGAGGGCAUGGGAAAGGAAAGAAAAGAAAGAUGUCUGAUACAGUCUCUGAGGACACUACGGACACCGCAGUGCCUUCAGAUGUCGCAGAGGAUCCGCCUGAAUCGACUCUACCUGAGAAAGUUCAAGAUGCAAAGAAGAGGAAGUUAUCCUCCUCACAGGAUUCAGAGAAGGCUGGACCUCCACAAGAGAGCAGGCACAGCCAGAAAAAGCCACAGCCGCCUGUCAAGGAUCAGAACACAGAGAAACAGCAGCGAGCAGGACCAGUGGGAAAAAUCCCUCGGCUACAGAAAAGCAAGCCCAUCACACCAAACUUCAAGAAGCUUCACGAGGCUCAAUUUCAGAAAAUGGAGUCAAUUGACUCCUAUUUUCAACGAAGAAAUAAGCAGCUGGAAUCCUGCAACAACUCUGCAAAAGAAGUCAAGAAACCAAAUCCAGCUCGAACCAGCCUGUUCAGUCCUGCUCCAUCCAAGAAGGCAGCAGAAGACCCACGCAGACACACACUGCUCUCAGCCAGUAAAGCUCCUCCGAAGAAACCUGCCAGGAAGGAAGAGGUUCCUUUCAGACCAUCUGUCCUCUCCACUCGCAGGAUCAAUGUUCGGUUUUCGGAAGCCACCGCUGAUAAUGAGCACAAGACAUCCCUGAUCAAGACCCCGGCUCGCAUGUCUCUCUGCAUGGCCUCCAGCACCCCACAGAGGCCUGCUGCUGAGGCGGCGAAACCCACAAAAACUCCAAAGCCAUUCCUGUUCACGGGCAACACGAGCAUGUCCACCACCCCGGGCACCCAGAAGAAGCAGAGCUUCGACCUGAAGGCCAGUCUGUCCCGCCCUCUCACCUACAAGCCUCACGCAGGUAAGCUGAAGCCGUUUGCAGAGGUCAAGGAAAAGCCUGCACUCAACAAAUCUCUGACCUCGAAUCCGCGUCAGGACAGUUACAAACAGCACAAAGUCCAGACCAGGGAUGACAGAAGAACAAAGACCAUGGAGGGACGGAAGCAGAAGAAAGACGGUUUGCUUGGGGCACGAAGGGGCCUGGUGAUGAUGUGAAGAUUCGCCGAAUUGUUUUGCAAUUUUUUGGUGUAUAUAUUUGUGCCGUAGUAUGUUCUGUGUUGCUCUUCAGAGUAUUCCCAGCUUUUUUUAAAGUUCUUUAAAACAUCCCUGCCAUUUUUCAUUCUGAUUAAAACAAAGAUGUAGAUUUAAAGGAUUUCUGUUUUUUUAUUCUUAUGAAAUAAAUUCCACUUUCUUAUGUUU